UCCACAGUCUCUGUAGUCAGUCCAGUUCCAGCAGACGUUCCAGAAUGGUGAAGGUACGAUUCGUGUUGCUGGCACUGAUGCUGGCUCUGAUGGUGCUCCCUGAGAGCGAUGGAGCGCCUACUCUCCUCACAAAGGCUAAGCUUCUCAAGAAAGCUAAAUUCGGGAAGCUAGCUCUUGGCAAAGGGGGUUCCAAGUCAAACAAUUUCAUUCAUACGCCACAGGUCAUCUACCAACCCGUUCUGUAUAAGCCUGUACCCGCGGUGCGCUAUGUUUCUGUUCCCGCCCCUGUUUCCGUCCCGAAAUUAAAUUUGCAACCAAUUAAAACUGCCAUUAUUGAUCACGUUGUCGGUCACAUCACAAGAAAAGCCUUGACCAGCGGACUGGGCGGUGCGUUCGGAGGUUCAGCAUCAUUUUCUGCUCAUUCGGGCCCUGAAGUGCCUUUCCCACUGCUCGACGAACCACCCGUUCCUUCACCUCCUAAGGUCUCCGAUCCCAGCCCAGUCGCACCACCAAAGGCCUCAUACGGCAUCCCAGUCGCGCCACCAAGUACCUCAUACGGCAGCCCGGUCGCGCCACCAAGUGUCUCAUACGGCAGCCCAGUCGCACCACCAAGUGCCUCAUACGGCAGCCCAGUCGCGCCACCAAGUGCCUCAUACGGCAGCCCAGUCGCGCCACCAAGCGUCUCAUUCUCCAAUCCAGUGAAUUCUGCCCCCAUCUCUCAGUUUGAAAGCAGCUACAGCCAUCCGGCACCUCCUCCAAGUGACUCCAAGCCCAGCCCAGUACCUCCACCAAGUGUGUCAUUCUCCGAGCCCAGGCCAGUGCCUCCACCAAGUGUGUCAUUCUCCAAGCCCCGGCCAGUGCCUCCACCUACCGUUACCUUCUCCGAACCCAUCCCAGUACUACCCCCUUCAUCGUCCACUGUGUUCAACGGCCACCAAAUCCUUCCGACGGGUCCCUCAUCUUCUCGCCCCAACGACGCAUACCUUCCACCAAAUGGCGGAUCAUCACACACUAGUAGAAACGAAAACUUCGAGGGUCAACACCAAUCAGACAUAUCGUCUCACGCUAGAUCAAACUCAAGAUUUGAUUCCCAGACGAAUGUUGGUUUAGAGUCAAAUAAACACAGACAAUCUGGAGUCUUAAGGUCACAAUUUGUAGCCACGAUCAACGCUGGUUUCGGUACCAGUCGUCCUAACAACAACCCAGACUUAAAUGUUCAUAUUGGUCCACCAAGUCCCUACGUUGCUUCGGCCCCCGGAUUCAAAUAGUCUGAAUAUAUUUCUAAUUUAGACCACCUGACAGUUCCGUAUUUAACCCUUAGCUUAACAUAAGGCUCACUAACCUUAAGGAUUGUAGAUAGUUCAAUGACCAAUUCCUAUUUCAUCAACUUUCCUUAUUUUUUAUCCAAUAAUAUUGCUGAAAAUUAAUUAAAAUCUUCUUUCACGUGCAAGAUUAAGAACCAAGUUUUUCUGAUAAUAGUGUAUUUUGUUAUGGACAUCGACUGACUGCAGCCAACUGGCAGCUACUGUAUGUAGAAUUUCGCUAGAAUUCCUUGAUUUUAAGAAGCUUUUUUCUGAUUUCAUCAGAAAUUUUUGUUUUACAAGCCUCUCUGAUUUGCCAAGACUAAGAUUGUCGUGUGGACGCAUUAAUUGACGAUAUCCUGAACGGAAAAAUGAUAGCCGAUGUUGAAAUAAUCGUUGGUUCCGAUAACAUUUCGUUACUCAGUUCUUGCUCUUAUGUUCGUCGUUAUCUAUACGGAGAUUUCGUCCAUGUAGUUUAAUUUUGAUCCUUGUCUACUGUAAAUGAAGAUCUAUAGAUUUUCAUUAAAUUGGGUUUUCGAGUAAAAUUGAGUAGUUAUCA